AUGACCUCUCCGGAUUUUGUCUGGGAACUAAGGCAUAUGGAGUGCUUCCAUCUCUCUCUCCUCCCCGGUCUUGACGAGAUUUGUGACGAUGUCUGCCUUGCGUUUUGUGAGAUCGGUUUGGGAGUCUUUUCGGGCCACUUCGGGAUUGGAGCCUCGAAUCGUCUGAAUAUUCUCCAUGGUGGCACCAUUGCAAGCAUGGUGGACCUCGGCGGUUCACUGGCAGUCGCUUCCCAUGGGCUGUUUGCUACAGGUGUCUCGACUGACCUCAACGUUACCUACCUUAGCUCUGGAGGUAAGGUUGGUGAUAAGAUUCUAGCUGAGGUCAGCUGUGAUAAAUUUGGUAAAACCCUCGCAUACACUUCCAUCAAAUUCUUCAAUAGCAAGGGUGAAAUUGUUGCAAGAGGAAGCCACACCAAAUAUAUCGCACUCGCCUGGAAAGACCCCCAGAAUAUCGCAGAGCUUGGCGGGUAUAAACAAUCAUAG